UUUUCUUAAAUAUUGAAUCAUUGUCAAAUCCAUUGUUAAAACAGAUCUACAAGGAUAGCAAUGAGAAAGUUUCUACUGUUCUUGACUAUUUUUGUGGUUUUUGCAUCAUACAGAAUAUAUGUAGUUCUCAACAGACCGUUACCAGACAAUAUUAAACAACCAAAUGUUGUUAGGAUAUUAGACGAAUUAGGGAGGAUAGCAAAUUAUUAUUUGAAGUUAUGCCUUAUGCUGAAUAUAAACCCGGCCUCUCAACCAAUCAAAUCCAUCGUCAACAAUGGCUUUGGAUUUGUUAUGAAUGGUGUUUACAGCCAAAAUCCGGACGUUCAGGUUACCGAUACCAUAAUAGCCAAUGUUCCAGUUAAAAUAAUAAAGCCCACUAAAUUGACAAGAUCAUUACCGGCUAUUAUUUAUAUUCACGGAGGAGGGUGGACAUGGUUUACUACAGAUACAUACAGUUCUUACUUAGAAAACUUGUCUAACAAAACAAAGAUGAUUGUAAUAGCAAUUGAUUACAGGAAGGCACCAGAAUACCCGUUUCCAGCAGGAUAUUCUGAUUGUAUAGAUGUCACGUGGCAAGUUUUGGCGGGAAAGAGUGGUGUAAAUGUAGAUACAAAUAAAGUUGUAAUUGCUGGCGAUGGAUCAGGUGGAGGUAUUGCAGCUGCAGUAGCGAGACAUUUCCCUACUAAAAUAAUGAUUCAGAUACUGAUAAACCCAGUUUUACAAAUGCUAGAUUUUCAAACACCGUCAUACCAAGACAACGUUGACAUUAUUCCGGGUAUAACUUCACCGGAAAGAGAGGCAUUACAUUGGCUUCUCUACGUUGGACAGCCAAUAGCUUUUGCAUCCAAAAUUACUGAAAAUAAACAUUUAUUUCCAGCAACUGUACAAUCGCAUUUUAAUCUAAUUGACAGUGCAAAACAUCUGCCUACAUAUUUGAAAAUUACUAAUAGGACUACAAUAAUUCCUAGGGAACACGAUUUUGUUGUCGCUAUGAGACUUCAAACCUACAUCACAAACGAGACUCUAUCACCCAUGAUGCACAAGAAUAUGCAAGAUAUUCCGAAAGCCUAUGUAAUCACGUCCCAGUACGAUGUUUUACGAGACGAGGCAGUAAUGUAUACUAAUAGGAUACAUGGAGAUGGAAACAAAGUAAAGCUUAAACACUACAAAAACGCUUUUCAUGGAUUUUUCCUAUUUUCACACGAAUCAGGAAUAUUUCAUUUAGAUGAAGCUAAGGCAGCUUUUCAAGAAAUGGUGGAUUUUUUGCGAUAUCAGGUAUAUGGACUUUCAAAACCUCUAAGAGAAGCUUACACAGUUUGAAAUGUUCAUAAAUAAAGAAUAAGCUGUUGACGUGGAUAUGAGUCAAACUCCACAGCAGAAGCAAGAAAGAGAUAAUGUAUGGAACUUGCGAAAGGAAUUCAUGUGCUUUUGUUACAAUCAUGUAAUGGGAAAAAUACACCAGAAAUAAGAAUUUUUAAUGUAAACAAUCAACCUUAAAGACUUUUGA